AUCAGUGUUGCCUCAUAUGCCUGGGUCUGUCAGUGUCAUCUCAUCCAUGCGCCCAUCCAAUCCAGGAGGAGGAGAGAGGCAACAUUUUGAGCGUUGAACAGAGCCGAGCCGGCUUUGAAUGGACCCAUCAACUGGUCUCAAAACCCUAAGCAUUAUAACCACCACACCCCUCCAUUUCCGCUCCAGAUCUUCUUCCCUCUUCCGACCACUCCAAUUCCCACAAUUCAAUUCCAACUUCACCUUUUCUCUCUCCUCUCCAUCACGCUUCUCUCCUCUCUGCUCUCUCUCUGAAAGAGGGAGCUGCAGUUCUGUGAUUAAUGGGGUGGGCGAGGCAGUCAGCGAAGGCUCACAGAACAAGGUUCUUCAAGUGGUAUUAGUUUCUCCUCAGAUUCCUGGUAACACUGGAUGCAUUGCAAGAACUUGUGCAGCAUCAGCCGUUGGACUGCACCUAGUUGGGCCGCUAGGGUUUCAGGUGGAUGAUGCAAAGCUAAAGCGCGCUGGAUUGGAUUAUUGGCCAUAUGUAGUUGUCAAAGUGCAUGAUUCAUGGGCAGAGUUUCGAAAUCAUUUCAGUCAACAGAAUGGGGAAAAAAGACUAUUAGCUUUUACUAAGAGAGGAAGAACUAUUCAUUCAACAUGGGGGAAGCUUUGCUCAAAAGAACUGUGGACUCUCACCUACUGCUCAUAGUUGAAAGUCGGCGGAAGCAACUUUUGAGACCACUGUUGUAAUUGGCUAGGGGAGAUGACCAGACCCCCACCAAUCACACGUCAGUCCGACCGCUAGGGCAUCCAGCGCCAUCUGAACAGUUUGCGCACAGGUCUGAUGUGUGGCAUGCUACUCACAUCUUCUUUAGCCAUUAGACGAGAUUCCAGGCGAUGAUAUCAUAUCAAAGCAGUGACAAGCUGAGAAGUAAACCAAGCCUUGUGAUAUUCAGAAUUUCAGGAGAUAUAGCCGAUUGGUGACGAUAUGAAACUGGUCAGACCAGAAAAAGCUGCCACCCACAAUAUUUUUGUGAUACAAAUUGAGAUUAUAGGAGACCGAGCUGUUUAGUGUGAGUUUUUUAUGGAUCAAAAGAGAAAGUGACUGACACGUGUGAUAUCAUAUGAGAAAUGCUCGAUAUUUUGAUGACACGGUCUACUAAAGAUCAUAACAUUUUCUAAUUGGAAGCUAAAUAAGCCGAGAAAUCGACGAUUUGAUACGGUAUGAGCGAAAGAAGACAAGGUAGAGAUGAUAUGAAGCAGAUGGGUGUUACAAAUUGACAGGACCAGAUGAGACUAUUGAAUUGAGACACCAGACGAGAUAUUGGUUUAUUGGCACAAGACAUUGGUGAGAUAGAAGAGACAUAAUCGAUAUUUCGA